AUGCUCACCCAGUCUGGAGCCCCAGGUCCGUAUGCCGGCAGCGAUGCACCGAAACUCCGAACGGCCUGCGAGAACUGUCGGCAGUCCAAGGUGAAAUGCAAUUUGUCCGGCAAGAACGUGUGUAUGCGGUGUCUGCGCCAUGGCCUGCAGUGCCUGUACGGCUUUGCCAAUCGAUCCGGCAAACCGAAGGGAAGUAAGAACCGCGCGACGCUACGGAAGUUGGGCCAGUUGCAGGAGGAUAAGCCGCCGAUGCGUGGGUUCCGUGGGACUCGGCCGCCUCGCGUGGUUGAUAGAGAGCCUCUCGCCGGGGGACAUUCAGGGUAUAUAGCCAAUUCAAUGGUGGACAACGACGUUUGCUUGAUUCAUGGUCCACCGGGACUUUGGGAGAGUCCUCAAAGUUUCGGCAGUGCAGCAGUACUGGAGACGCCCAUAUGCCCUUCGCAAUUGGCCGUCGAUGGCUCCCCCUUUGCCGAUCUGAUGGACUCGUGUCCUACUCUACCCGUCGGUUUAGGGUACCCCCAUACGCCAGUGACCCCGACCUUCUUGCCGUCAGACCCUCUAGCAGACGGAUUAGCAAGCCCACCGUUUGGCGAAUCUGUAUCCUCACCUUAUCCAGGCCCGUGCGAAUGUGUAGAUAUGCAGCUGUUCCAUAUGAACCGACUCAAUCAUCUACUCGCCGAAUCCCUACCUCUCAGAUUCGAUCACAGUCUCCAGGCCAUCAAAGCCACCUUCGGUGCAUGCCAUAUAUAUUUGCAGUGUGUCAAAUGCGCGAAAGACAGUGCUAAUUCGUUACUUGUCAUCUCCGUGCUCAAUCUGACUCUGCAACUGUUCGAGUACUGGGUCUCUCGCGAGACGUCUCGGACCCCGAGGGCGGAGCACGACCUUGACAUCAGGUAUGGAUAUUACGAGGUAUGCCAGGAAGAAAGUCGGCAAAUUCACACUUUUCUUCUUCGCGGAUUGCUCCUUCAAUGUCGUGAAGUGUUGUCCAUAAUGACCGCCGCCAUCAAUACAGUCUGUUUUGACGCUCCGAAGCUCGCCGAGUGCGAAGGACCCGAGAAAAUAGCACCCGACGAGGUCAGUCAAUUCUGGGCUUCGUCAGAUCACCUCGGCGCUGCGUUGUCUGACCUGUACCCGGACAUGGUGGGCAACGGCCCGGCAAACAACUGUCUCUUACCCAUCAUCGCAGACUAUGAAGCUACCGUGGAGGCAUUCCUGCUCACCGUCUCAUCCAACGAAUGUAUCUGCAGAUCGAAAUGCAGUUCACAAGACGAUACUACUUGA